AUUCGCUCACAGUGCAGUGUGCACACAUGGCCAAGAAAGAUGGAGUUCAAUGGAUACGAGUAUCAUGAAGACAUUGGACAGUACCAGGAGCUCAAACUAUCGUCUGUGUACCAGGGAGAGCAGUAUGGCAUCUCUACAGUCGCCUUUGAUCUGCAAGAAGACUUGCUCUGGGCUGGCACUUAUGGAGGUCAUGUGACUUCUUUCUAUGGUCCCUCGCUGGAGAAGUACACAGCGUUCCAAGCACACCACAGUGAUAUACGACAGCUGCAGUCCACUCCGAGUGGCAUUGUCAGUGUAUCGAGUGAUGAGCUGCGAUUGACCUCCCGUACAGGUCACCCUCGCUUCACUAUGCAGGACGAGAAUGCUCUGAUGGAUAUGAACACUACGCUGUGUCUGGACGAAAGCUCCCUCCUGGUUGGUUGUCAAGGCAACAAGAUCACCACCGUGAACCUGUCUCGAGCGAAAAUAACUAGAGAGGUGACCACUGGUGCCGGUGUGUGUCUGCUCAAGUCCUCCGAGUACUACGUGUGCAGUGGAGACGUGACAGGGAAGGUGCACUUGUUGGACCCCCACACCCUCCGCCCGGCUCACAGUUACUCCGCCCACUCUGCUGGGAUGUGUGAUAUGGACGUCGUGGGCCCGUACCUCGUCACCUGUGGACUAACUCAACGAUUUGGUCAGUUACUCAUCGACUGUCGGCUUAAAGUGUUUGAUCUCCGUGCCAACAGGCCACUCCCACCGUGUGAUGUUGUCAUGCUCCAGCCGUUCCUCAUCAAAGCCGUCCCUGCUCUAAACUCCACUGUACUCGUGCUCUCACAAAUGGGAGAAUUUCAACUCUUGGACCUCCGUGGGUUAGUCACCCCCUCCACAAUGGUGGUGCACCAACUCUCAAUGGAUACCGAGGGUGCCAUGGCUUGUGCAGUGGACGUAGGUCCGUCCUGUCACUGUGUGGCGCUCGGUGACUCGUGUGGAGCUGUGCAUGUGUGGGCGGAUCACGAGGAGGUGGUGUUUAACCCCUACACCACUCAGCCGACCGUGCUGCCGAGCGAGACAACGGAGGAGCUGCCCUACAUCAGCUGGGACGAUAAUGAUCCAGACUCUGCCCCCCUCUCUGUCAUUCCAACACCUCUGGCAGCUCAGAAUAGUGGUCAACUGCUCUCCAAUUGGCCACCCAAGAACUCGAGGUUCAAGAGACGACAAGCUCCGCCCAUUGACCCUGAGGUGCUCAAGAACAUGAAGAUGCAGCAGUUCAUAGGCCACGCCCCUAAACCAUCCCAUAUCCUCCGCAACCAGGUGCCCUAUGACCUCGAGAAAGAUCGCUCAGAGAGUGUACCGGAGUCCCCUAUGAUGAGGGAGAAUAAUCCACUGACAUUGGUGCCAAAGCCUUAUCGACAAGUGGAGAUCAAAUAUUCAAAGCUUGGUAUUGAGAUGUUUGAUUUCAAGCACUACAACAGGACAAACUUUGCUGGCCUUGAGAUCCAUAUUCCAAAUGCCUACUGUAACUCCAUGCUCCAGGUGCUCUACUUCUUGGAUCCCGUUCGUGCGGCCAUGCAGAGCCACCUCUGUGCUAAAGAGUUCUGCCUCUCCUGUGAGCUUGGGUUCCUCUUCAGGAUGCUUGAUCGCUCCGAUGGCCGCAGCUGUCAGGCUAGUAACUUCCUACGAGCGUUUCGUACGCUGAGAGAGGCCUCAGGGCUUGGUCUGUUGUUGAACUGGGGGGAUGAGCAACUCUCCAAGAAGGUAGACCUCUCCAAGCUCAUACAAAGCUGGACACGAUUCGUGCUACAGCAAGUCUCUCAAGAGACUCAUUCCCAACAGCUGGGGGCCUCUGGCAGUUUCUCCGCUAUAGCUACGACCCUCACUAGCCCAACCUUUCAAACCGGUCAGCCCAGUUUUCUCUUCAAGGAGGCACCAAAAGACGUGUCAGGCGAUCCAACACAAGUCUCGGUGAUUGAGCGACUGUUUGGCUCUGAGAUGGAGACUCGUAUUGAGUGUGGGUGUGGUUGGAGGUCGGCCAUUAAGAGGACAGAGCUACUCCACUCACUCCUCUACCCUCACAAGGCUAAGUCAGUACAUUCCACUGUCUCUGUCAGUUCUGAGGGAUCAGUGAGUUUUGGGAAGAUCCUCCAACAGAGUAUCUGUAGAGAGCAGCGUCUGCCAGCCUGGUGUGGGCAGUGUGCCAAGUACAAGUCAACAACACAGGCUAAGCAGCUGUGUGGACUGCCCUAUGUGCUGGCCCUCACCUGCCGUGUGGAAACUGACAAGGAUCGAGAGUUCUGGCAGCGACAACAAGCUCCAGUGUCGGGGGAAAUCAGACAGCGGAGAUGGGUCCCUCUGGAGAUGACACUGAAUCUGACAGAAGAUGGCAGUCUGUGUGUGAGGGAGGGGCCUCCAGAGGAAGUACCCUCCAGCCCACCCCCUUCCAUUGAUGGUAGCAGUGCUGACUACCAGCUGCUCAUGGCUGUGAGUCAUGUCAAGGAGCCGUGGAUGGAGUCCUCUGGUAAUCUAGUGGCACACAUCAACGUGGGAGACAACUACCACUCCAGGAAAGAGGGGGUGAACAAGCAACAGUGGUACCUGUUCAACGACUUCCACAUCACUCCACUCCAGGAGUCUGAAGUAGGGGUUUUCCCUACUGAGUGGCUCACCCCCUGUGUUCUUAUCUACGCCCAGCGAGGGUACAGCGAUGAAUUCAAUACCGAGGUCUCGUGUCAACUGGAGCCCUCAGUGUUGCUAGCGGAGACGCACCAACCACGCCCCGUACAAUCCCCCGUCACGUUCACACCACUCUCAUUGGCUGAGAUUCCUGAGGAAGGUGAUGUGGUGGGCGUGGAUGCAGAGUUCGUGACCUUAAACCAGGAGGAGGCGGAGGUCAAGAGUGACGGAACACACACCACCCUCAAGCCCAGUCAGCUCAGUGUGGCCAGGAUCACUGUCACUAGGGGGAAGGGUACAGCUGGGGGGAGCCCUUUCAUUGACGACUACAUAGCCACUUCAGAACAAGUGGUGGACUAUGUGACGAGGUUCUCUGGUAUCAAGCCGGAGGACUUGGAUGCUGUGAUGAGCUCUAAACACCUCACCACUCUCAAGGCCAGCUAUCUCAAGCUUCUCUUCCUCAUCAACAGAGGGGUGAUAUUUGUCGGCCAUGGACUUAAGAAAGACUUUAGAGUCAUCAAUAUCAUGGUCCCCCCUGAGCAAGUCAUUGACACUGUGGAGCUGUUCCACCUGCCCAACCAGAGGUACAUCUCACUCAAGCUCCUUGCUUGGUUCUAUGCUGGCCUACGAGUACAGGAGAGUGCUCACGACAGUGCCGAGGAUGCUCGUACAGCUGUGGUGCUGUAUCACAAGUUCAAAGAGUUGGAGGCAGCUGGUACGCUACAAGAGUCACUCAAGGAGCUCUAUAAGACAGGGAGAAGCUGUGGCUGGGUCGUACCAGAUAGAUAGAUAGAUAGAUAGAUAGCUGCUCAAUGUACCCCCUCCCAUCAUCAUGCGUUCAUUGAUUUUUCAAGUGCAGUGUGUCAUAACUAGACGUCUAUUUCUCUAUUUUGUGCAGUAAUGAUGCCAUAAAUUAAAAUUGUGCUUUGAGAACAUU